CGCAGUACUGAGCGCAGAGUGUCGCAGGUCCAAGGACUUAGUUAUCGCGUAGCCGCCGAGUGUGACGGACCGACGCCGCUUGGUGGCCGAUUUAAAGCGACUCUUGGUGCGAGAAGUGCAUUCAAUUAACAUAAAAUGUAAUUAGGGACCCUCUUCUCUCCGCCUCUCUCAAUCAAAUGCAAACAUCGGGAAGUGAGCCGCGUAGACAAAAAGAUUGCCAUUUAAGAAGAAUUUAAGCAUUCAGCAUCGAAUGCAGUCGAAACUCAAUCAAGUUGAACGGAAAUCGUCGCAAAUUAAACCAGGCGCAGCAUCGGCAUCGUGAAUGCAUCAUUUCACCUACACCCUGAGUGGCAACAUGAAAAGGUACAAGUGUGCAUUCUAAAAAUAACAAACAACUCGAGUGCGAUAAAAACAGCAGUUGCUACCAAGGUAUAAAGUGCUAGCGUAAACACAGCCGGAGAAGGAACGACAAAAGCAUCUGAGCCACCUAAAACGGCGAACAAACAGCGGCGACGCUGGUCCUGCGGAAUCCUUGUUGUGUCGGUGUGUGUGUAUUAGUGUUGGUGUGUGGGCCAAAGGAGCCGAGGAAAAAGUCAGAGCAAAAAUGUGCAAGUAAUGUGCAGGAAGUAAAGUGCAAUGCCAUCCGUGAAAUCCGCCGAAAGUGAGAUUCUUCUUGGGAUUAUAAGGAGCGACAGUAUGACGAGCGGCAAUACCCUGAGGUCCUGCCUCCUGCUGGCCACCAUCCUGGGAUUAUUCUGCCGAAGCAAGGCUUUGCCCUUCGACUAUGUAGAUGACCACGAUGACUUCAACUACGACCUGGACACGGCGCAGUCCCAGGCCAAGUACGACGCCCGUCUGCUCUCGCAGCAGAUGCUCAGCGAUGCGGAGCUGAGCUAUAACGCCCAGCACAACGCCCUGGAUGGCGACUCCCCGGCAGCUCAGGGGACUGGAGCUGGAUCCCACUUGGACGCGGUCUCCUCUGCCCAGGAGGACCUGGAGCCGCACAGCAGGGCAGCGGCGUGCUUCACCAACGGGCACAAGUACACACACGGACAGAAGGUUCCGCGCCUGGAUGCCUGCGAGGUGUGUCUCUGCAUGGACGGCGAGAUCUUCUGCUGGUGGGAGAAGUGCGAUAAGGCCAAUGUACACAAGGCGAGGAAGGCGGGGGACAACGUAGGACUUGGACUUGGUGUUGGAGACGACGAUGACGGUGAUGGCGACGGCGAUGGUGAUGGCGAUGGUGAUGGCGAUGGUGACUAUUCAGAUCCAUAUGGCCACGAGAGCACAACGGGAAAGUCAACAAAAGUGCAUAAAGCGGCGAGGAAAGUUGGCAAGCGGCAUAAACAUCACAAGAAUCAAAAGAAUUUUAAUGACUACGAAGUUUACCACAGCCAGCGAGGGAAGCAGCUACAGCAGAAGCAGCAGCCGGAUUAUAAAAAGUCCGCCAUAAUGCAGCAGCUCCAGAUCCAGCAAAAACACAAGAGCGACAAGAGCGGUGCUGGCAACUACAAUAUAAUCAAGCAACACAAACACCAGCAGCAGCAGCAGCAGCUCAAAAUACCGCAGCAGCUACAUCAGCAACAGCAGCAAAAGAAUGUGGCGGCGGCUUUGGGUGUUAAUCACGCAGCAAAGGCAACGCAUUAUCAGCAGGCAGCUUCGACGGUCCUGCCACCGCCCCAAUCCCCGCCUCAGUUGCACAGCCACCACCCACACCAACAGCCGCAUUCGUCCAGCAAAAUCCUGAACUUUCCCGAGAACCUGCCAUCCCUGCUCUACUACGACUACAAGACGGAGGAGCACGAGCACCACCAGCACCAGCACCACCAGCAGCACUUGCUCCACGAAAAACAGCGCUUGCUGCAACAGCAGCAACAGCAGCUGCAGCAAGAGGCGUUAGCUCGACAAAAGGCAUCUGAGUCCUCAUCUGUGCCCGAAUCGCGAGCUGGAGGCACAGCAGAGGCAGCCGUGGGACCCAGCGGAGACUUGGCCGCUGAUAAAAACUCUGAUGAGGCGGAAACCGACAGCGAUAUUCUGCCAGAGCCGCCCACAAAGCAGCCCAAGGCAGCUGCCACACAAUGGCCAACUCCAGCUCCAACUGGCAGCAACUCGGCCAGGGCGUUGAUGACGGGCAUGGUGGCAUCCACACCCACGGCUGCAACAACGACAGCGACAAAGACAUCGAAAACGAAAACGACAACGACAACGACAACGGCAACUGGAAGGACGACGACGACAACGGCGACAGGCACAAAUGAAAUGGUGACAAGCACGCUGUCUGGAAUGGAGAAGUCCGGGGCCACAGUUGCAGACACAGAUCUUGGACAGAUGCAACCCGAUCGCCGUGGACCAGACGCGGAGCGCGACGACGCCUUCCACCGAUGGCUGACAUCCACCGAGCUGAAUGCAGACAACACAAACUCAAUGGACGACAGCCUGGAGCGGGAAACGCCGGCAUCGACAAUAAUCGAUGAUGUUGGCACGGCCAACAAGAGUGACAGGAGCAUCGGUGGCAUCGGCAAAGACAAUGGCAACGACGCCGUCUUCUUUCGCAGCUCGUACAACGAUUACAGCAGCGAAUUCAAUGGGAGCGUUGUCAAUAUUGACAUUACACUAACUGCAGUUGAUGUGCAUCCCCGUCGCCAAACGGAUUUAAUUGCAAAUGGCAACAAAACGUCAGGCGCUAACGACAAUGGCAACGGCAGCAGCAGCAAAAACUAUAGCCACGUUGGAGCAGCAGGGACAACAAUGAACCCACAGGCAGCCAGCAGCAUCAGCAGCAGCAUCAGCAGCAGCAUCAGCAGCACCAGGAGCAGCAGCAAUCAGGAUCAGCCCCAGCAGAGCUCUGUUGUUCCGCCGUACACCCUGACAACGAUUAUAACAACUGCGCCGCUGGCACCAGGGCGUAUGUGCAAUGUUCUGGGCAAACUGUAUAAAAUUGGAGACAUUCUGCCGCAGGACACGGGUAACUGUCUGCAGUGCAUCUGCACGGAUGCCGUGACUCCCGACGAGAUGCCGAGCGUCACCUGUAGUCCGCACAAUUGCCCGCCGCUGGUUCUUCCGGAUCUGUUCGAUGCGACUGGUUACUGAGGUUACGGGUUUGUGCUGUAGGUUGCAACGACGGGCGGGUCGUGAGUCAGGUGGCAAGUGGCAAGUGGCAAGUGGCAAGUGGCAGGUGGCACGCCCCUGCGGCAUGAGCUGUGUGCUGUUUUUGAAUAGAUCGAAUCGUGAUUUAAAUUUUGAAACCGAAAGCCACAACUGCAACCAGCCAAUGGAAUCGAAACGAACGAAUUGAAUCGAAUCGAAUCACACUCACAACAACUGCAGACUAGUUCUGUAGUUCUGUAGCUCACUCUCGAAUUUGAUGUCACGGUCUAGGUCUCAACUAACUCAACUCAAUAUGAAUUGUAUGGAUUUCAGUGUAAAGCCCUCCCUAUCAGAAGUGCCCCGAGCACUCUCUAAAACGAAACCUAUCAGCAGACAUAUAUUAUAUUCGUACCAAGCUAUAUAGAAUCGAUCCAAGCCGACCAUAGGGGAGAGAAGGGAGAGGAGAAGGAUAUAUAGCGGUUGGUUGACAGUCUAGAGUUUAAGCUGACUGUUUAUGCAUUUUUUAAGAAUCCGUAUUCAUCUCUCUCCGCAACAAGAAUCCAUUAAAGUAUACAGCAGUAGCAAUCGUAAAGAAUUUAUAGAUGUACCAAACAGAAGUAUAUAUACAAGCAUAUAUGUAUCUACUCUAUGGCCAUAUCUAAACCUAUACCUGGAUGUAGCGAGUUCGGUGGGAUCAGUUUAAUUACUUAGAUUAUUUCCCGAUUGAGAGGAAACCGUGUAGAGUUUUCAGUGUAUUUAACAAAGGAGAAACCCAAGCGAAACGAGUAACUUAUACAAAUAUAGGCAACUAAAUCUAAACGAAAAAAACUGAACAAUGACAAAUAAUGAACAACGUGCGUAAUAUUUUAAUUUUGAUAUUAAAAACAAGCAACGUACUCCUCAUUUGCAUGAAUGUUAUUGUUUCGCGCUUCUUUGGAAAUAAAAGCAUACGUAAUCUAUGAAUCGAAAAUUGAUGUGAGUAUGGCCAUUGUUUUAACGAACGCGAAGUUGGCAAGGAAAGACACCAUAUCGAGUAGCUAUAACAUUUUAAGGAUUAAUCCCAACUGUAUUAAAUAUAAUCAUAGAACCUCGAACUCUCGUACAGUUCAGUGAAUUCAAAAUUUACGGAGUUUACCGAAAAUCUAUAGUAUUGCUUUGGUUUCCGGUGACAAAGACAGCAUUUAUUUCAAAGCAAGUUUAGGCGUGAUAAACGAGAUUUAUUCGAAAGGGGUUAAAUUAGGCGGAAUAUAUAAUACUUGAAAAGUAGAAAACUAUUUCGAUUUUAAGGGAAAUCAAAAUACAUUCGAGCGAGUUUUUUAUAACCGAGUUCGAACGAAACUAUAUAGGCAUGUGAAUUAUAAAAUCAAAAUGCAAAAUAUACGUACAUGCCAACAUACCGAUGCAGACAAACAUAAAUAUUUAUUAUUGAUGUUCCACAAGAGAAGCGUUUGGUAAAUUCAAAGAAAAAUAGAAAAAUUCAUCUUGAACGAGCGUAUUAAAAAUGUAUACAAAUAAGCGUAUUUAUGUAUGUGUAAAAUAAAUGUAACUACAGCUCUACGAGUAUUCUAAUCUGCAACUCGCACAGAGAUACAGAUACAGAUGCACCGGCAUCCCUGUGUUUAAAUGGAAUUUGUGUUUGAACUCAAAUUGAAAUCAAAUCGACAUGAAUAAACCGAAACCCAACUAAGGCAUUUCGAAA